AAUAUAUUCUCUGUUGACUGUUCUACAUUCUAUGGUUUAGAUUACAUCACUGCUAGGGUAUAAUUCCUAAUUCAACUUUUCAGAUUUCCGAAUACCUAGGUACUUAGCAUCUACUGUAUUCAAAUUAAUACGAGAAAAUGAGUGCCUGGAGACAAGCCGGUUUAAAUUAUAUUAACUACUCCAACGUAGCUGCCAAGAUUUUAAGGAGAUCUUUGAAACCAGAAUUCCGGACUGAAGCAUUGCGACGUGAUGAAUCCCACGUUCGGAUUACACCAUGGGCAAAUGGAAAACCAGCUCAUGAGAAAGACUAAACGCGAUUUACAUAAUACAUAGAUCUUCAGCAGACUGCACCUAAGUAGGAACUUGAAAAUAAAGCAAUAACUAGUAAAUUAAAUUAAAAUAUUUAUGUAAUUUAAACAUUAUGAGUUCAUAAUUCCAUAUUGAUUAAUAAAUCUGUAAUCAUGUG